CUUGUCACCGACCACAGAAUCGUGAAAAUGAACAUUGGUCACUAUCCCAAGGAAUUUAACCCAAGAAUUCACGGGGUUUACAAUCCUGCAACUUAUUAUGGAAAGCCUGAUCCACUGUCUGAAGUGAAGGUUGGACAAAUAGGCCAGUGGCUUAGCCGCAGGAAUUAUGGUCCACAGGCCAUGGCAUCUGCAGUUAGUAGGACUUACUGGAGAUGGAUGCAGAAGUAUGUGUUGGUGAGGAAAGCCAGCGUUGCGCCCUUUGUCCAGACGGCUAUGUGCUUGUCCGCCUUCUAUUACUUCUUUCAAUACAGAUCCCAUUCUGCACAUCGUCAUGCCAAGUACCAUUGAUGUCGUUAAGACAAUAGGACACCAUUCUAUGGAACGUUGUGGUAGACCAAUGUUGGACUGUAAAUAAGUGUUAUUAGUGAUGUAAAAGAGGUUUUUUCCAGAUCUGUGUUGGACUGCUCCUGUAGUAAGAAAGUUACUUAAUUAAUGAAAUAAGAAAACAGAGCCACCUUACCCAUUUGAUAAAAAUCCAUUUCAAGCAAAGGUUGCAACAGGGAACAAUUAUUUGAUAACACAUUUAAAGCUGAUGCAGCUGCAGACAUUCAUUCAUCAAAAUGAACAUUUUCUGUAAUAAAUAACACCAAUCUUUAUCUGGAAAUUUCUGGCAAUACAUUCUGUACAGAUAAGUCCUUGAGAUAAUAAAAUUAUUAUGUGAGAA